GGAACUUGACCCACAGUAAGCAACCAGAGGGAGAGAGCUAGAGAGAGCCAGGGAGAACGCGUGUGGCAGAUGGAUCUACGGAGGACGGGUGCCCUAGUGUUCCUGGCCUUGGUGGUCCCAACAGCAGGUUCAGAGCCCGCGAAUGCGCUGAACAACCCCAUGCUUUGCUACAUCCUGGACGGGGUCCUGCUAGUGUACGGUCUGGUGGUCACAGCACUCUUCUUCAGAGAGAGGUUCUUCAAGCCCGCGGCUGUCUCUACUGACGACCCUGUCUAUAUGGGUCUGAACAAACCCGGUGACCAGUAUGAGGAAUUGAGGCGUCGGAAUGACCCUGAGGGCGGAGCCGCACGAGCGAACCGCAGACAGGGUACUGAAGAAACCUACACGCGCCUGCAGAAGACAACUGAGGAUGCAUACAAAGAGAUUGGAGUAAAGAAGGAGCGUCGUGGAAAAAGGGAACAGGUGUACCAGGGCCUGAGUGCAGCCACCAAGGACACCUAUGAUUCCCUGCAGAUGCAGUCAGUGCCACCGCCACCUCCCCGUUAAGAAAUGGCAUGACCUCUGACCUCUGACCUCUGACCUGUCCUGUACAGUAUUUUGUUUGUACUCAGGGCAGUGAAGCUGAUACUGCAGGACACUGUCCGUUUCUUUACACAGACAACCACUCAGGGGUGGGGGUGGGCGGGGAUGUCCAGAUUUUCUACAUUAACACCAUGAACAAUAUUCUUGGAUGAAUUACAGUGAAGAAAAAGGCAGUACUGAGCUGCAGCAUCAGUUAUAAGCUUGCCAAACUUGAGAUUAAAGUCAUUUUAUUGUUGGCCCUGCCUCCUCACAAUACUGAGAUGUUUAUAAUUAGAGUUUAAUCAGCUGUAUUUGUUACACGACUUAAAUGUUAUAGGCCAGGUUUUUU